ACUCAGCUGGGAAGCUGCAGUGGGCUGGACCCUCGCAGGAACAGAGGAACAUGCAGCCCCUGUGCAGAGCCCAGCACCCAGUGCCUGCAGAGGGGAGGGCUGGCAGAGUGGGCGGGUGUGGGAGAGAUGAGACCGUCUAAUCUUGCAACCUUUGCAUAAUUAAACCAGCCAGACAGCCUGAUGACAAAGAACAACACUCAACUCUUCAGAAUCAGAAGGUGCUGUAACCUUGGAACUGCCACUCAGUGAUUGACACCUGUCAACUCUGCUCGUCAGGGCCCGAGUGAGGGGUAAAACCUGAUUGGCCGUAAAGGCAUCAGACCCACCCCCCCCCCCCCACCACCGCCAGUGACCUGGGCCCACUCGAGGGGUCCGCCGGCCAUGGCGCGGAUGCCCACGGCUUUGGGUGGCAGUGCCGUCAGUGCCAAGACCAUGUCCUGCAGCCUGGACGCCCCCGCCAACGCCAUCAGCGUCUGCCGCGACGGCACCCAAGUGGCGGUCGCCGGGCGCAACAUCUUCAAGAUCUACGGCAUCGAAGAGGAGCAGCUGACAGAGAGGGCCAACCUGCGGGUUGGCCGCAAGCCCUCCCUGAACUUCAGCUGCGCCGACGUGGCCUGGCACCAGAUGGACGAGAACCUGCUGGCCACGGCGGCCACCAACGGCGCCGUGGUGACCUGGAACCUGGGCAGGCCCUCCCGUAACAAGCAGGACCAGCUCUUCAUGGAGCAUAAGCGCACCGUCAACAAGGUCUGCUUCCACCCGGCAGAGCUGUACAUCCUGCUGAGCGGCUCCCAGGACGGCUCCAUGAAGUGCUUCGACCUGAGGAGGAAGGAAUCCAUCUGCACCUUUUCAGGUCAAUCAGAGAGCGUGCGUGACGUCCACUUCAGCGCCCGAGACUUCUUCACCUUCGCCGCCACCUUCGAGAAUGGCAAUGUGCAACUGUGGGACAUGCGGAGACCGGACCGGUGCGAGAGGAUGUUUACGGCUCACAAUGGGCCGGUCUUCUCCUGUGACUGGCACCCGGAUGACAGAGGCUGUCUGGUGACGGGCGGCCGGGACAAGAUGGUCAAAGUGUGGGACCUGACAGGCUACAAAGCCCGGGAGAGCCACUGUGUGCAGACCAUUGCCUCUGUGGCUCACGUGCUGUGGCGGCCGGACCGCAAGUACCACAUCGCCACCUGCUCCAUGAUGGUGGACCACAACAUCUACGUGUGGGACGUACGCCGACCGUACGUCCCCUUCGCCAUGUUCGAGGAGCACAAGGACGUGACCACAGGCAUCGCCUGGCGCCACGCCCAUGACCCGCACUUCCUUCUCUCCGGGUCCAAGGACAGCACGCUCUACCAACACUUCUUCAAGGAUGCCCAGCGUCCAGCCAGCCGGGCCAUCCCAGAAGGGCUGUCGGUCGGCCUGUUUGGUGACGUGGCAUUCGCCGUCAAGGAGAGCCUGUGCUCAGCCGAGGGCUCCCGCAAGUCCUACGGCCCCGACCGCCGCUACCCCUUCUUCUUCAUCCGGCGCCAGGACCCCGCCGAGCAGUUCACCAACGUGUCGAGCGCCCUCAGCGUCUUUGAGUCGCAGCCCGGGGCAGCCUCCAUGGACUGGUUCGCCCAGACGGCCCGCCGCUAUGGCCUGAGCGGCGGCCCCCUCCCCGAGCUGUGCGACCGCAACGCCGCCGUGGCCCGGCAGCUGAAGCGUUACCAGGUGGCCCAGAUCUGGACCAUGCUGAAGAUCAUCUACGCUGGGGCGUGCGCAGCGGGGACCGUGGGCAGUGUGGGGCAGGGCUCGGGCAAGGCAGGGCACCCCCUCAGCAGCUUUACUUUGAAAGACGGCACCGCGGCGUUAGGAAGUGAAGCCAAACUUGACAGAGGCCGACUGGAAAACCGUCAGGACAGCCUGCCCCUGGAUUCGACCAUUACUUUGCUGCAAACCAAUGAAGAUAACGAGGAGACCGAGGGCAGCGACGCCCCAGCAGAUUACCUGUUUGGUGACGGUGAGGGUGACGAGGACGAUUUAUUCAUUGUCGAUCAUGAGAAUGCUCCAGUAGAAGAGCACGAGUUCAUUCUCCCACAGGAGGGCUUCCCUCUGCGUCACGAAAUCCUGGAUCACCCGACCACCCUGGACCACUUCCAGGACAAGACCGACUCCCCCCACAUCAGCGGCAACGAGGCGGAUUCGGUCUCCCUGACGCCGACCGAGGGCAUUUCUCUUGUCUCAGUCUCGCAGCCUCCCUUCGAGCACGGCUUUUCCACCGACUACUUCAACCCCAUAGUCAGGGACAUGAUGUGCUUCUACGCCGAGCAGGGAGACGUGCAGAUGGCAAUAUCCGUACUGAUCGUGCUUGGAGACAGGAUCAGAAAAGAAAUCGAUGAGCAGACACAGGAGCAUUGGUACACGUCCUACAUCGACCUCCUACAGCGAUUCCGACUUUGGAACGUGGCCAACGAGGUGAUCAAACUGAGCACGUGCCGAUCCAUCAACUGCCUGAACCAGGCCUCUACCACCCUGCACGUCAACUGCAACAACUGCAAGCGGCCAAUGAAUACCCACGGCUGGAUGUGCGAGAGGUGUCGACGGGGAGCGAGCAAGUGUGCUGUGUGCCACCACGCGGUGAAGGGCUUGUUCGUCUGGUGUCAGGGAUGCACUCAUGGAGGACACCUCCAGCACGUCAUGGACUGGUUCCAAUUCCACACCCACUGCCCGACAGGAUGCGGACACCUCUGUGAAUACACUUAACCUGGUCUCCAGCUACCUCGGGGGAUGUCAGUGGCCCUGUGACAGAGGUACCCGAUGGGCCAGAAAUCGCAGGCACGACCCAAUGUAUUGCGGAGGUGCAGAGCGGCAGAAAUUCAGUUACACAGACCACUUCCCCGUUAUCCCCAGCAUGAUUCCUUCUGGAACGGGAACACGGUGCACUAUUUAUAAGGAGCGAGACUGAACUGUUGAAGUGGGGAUGUGUUUAUUGCAACACAGUGGAUCUGCAGAAUGUAGAUAGACUUCAGACAGUGCUCUCCAAGUCUAUAAUGUGACACAUUAUGGGCACUGAAGAGCUAUGGGUUUUAAUCGUCAUUGGGUGGGAUGAAUUAACUCCACCCACUCACACUCCGUCACUGCCCCACAACCAAUGGAUCGGCUUCAGUGGCGGAUGGGGGUUCAAGCUGACAAUCUCAUUUUGAGCAAGACCAUUCCAUUCCUCUAAUGAGUAUUUUUGACUGGAUCUCUGACACAAUCCUGAAGGAUUGCACUUCCUCAGCCAGGGGAGGCAGACACACCCUUGCCUACCAGGACUCCAGAUGAAGAAAGAAACUAGAAUGUUUCAUGGACAAUUUUUACUAGGGGCAGGAUCACGAUGAUUGAGCUGCGGGGCUGGGUGGGGGAGAUUGAUACAGCAAAAUCCUCACUGUCUGGUGAUGUUAACCAUCAGUUUAUGGACAAUUUGAGAGGGAGGAUGUUGACACUGGUGGAUAGAACAUAGAACACUACAGCACAGUACAGGCGCUUUGGCCCACAAUGUUGUGCUGAUAUUUUAUCCUGCUCUAAGAUCUAUCUAACCCUUCCCUCCCACAUAGCCCCCUAUUUUUCUAUCAUUCAUGUGUCUAUCUAAGAUUCUCUUAAAUGUCCCUAAUGUAUCUGUCCCCACAACCUCUGCCGGCAGUGCGUUCCAUGCACCCACCACUCUCUGUGUAAAAAAAAACUUACCCUGACAUCCCCCUUCUACCUUCCUCCAAUCACCUUAAAAUUAUGUCCCCUUGUGUUAAGCCAUUGUCGCACUGGGAAAAAGUCUCUGACUGUCCACUCGAUCUGUGCAUCUCAUCAUCUUGUACACCUCUAUCAAGUCACCUCUCAUCAUCCUCCUCUCCAAAGAGAAAAGCCCGAGCUCGCUCAGCGUGGCUCUGGAGAAGUAGAUUUGUAGAUUGGAUCCCGUUUGCUAAUCUCCAUUGAUUGACUGAUGUAACAGUUCAGCCUGAGGUGAGUGGCAGUAUCAGGAGUUUCACUGGUUGUUCAUGAAGCGCUGGAGAUCCAGCACUCUGGUCUCUGGAAUUAAAUUUGUAAACCCCAGCUUGCCACCUAAAGUUAAACGACAAUAAAGUAAAUACCUCCUGCAGCCA